UUAGUUAAGAUCCUAUCUAAAAAUCUCUAUGGAAGAAAUGACAAAUUUGUUACUCAAUUAAAAUGACUCAGUGACACAAGCUGUCAUUUCCAGCAAUCUUGUAAAAAGUGGAAAAUUCAGCACAUUACAGGAAAGCAUAUAAUUCCCAAGGACAGGCAAUUAUAGAACGCCAACAUCAACGGCUAAAAUCCCAACUUGAAAAACAAAAAGGGGGGAUAAUGGAGAAAUCGCCUGUAAGCAGACUACACCAAGCCUUAAUUACUUUAAAUUUUUUCAUUUGUAAUGCCGAUGGCAAGACACCCAUGGAAUUAUACUGGUGUCAGAAUAAGCCAAAGGAAAAUGGUCUAGUUAAAUGGAAAGAUCCCGAGUCUGGUUUAUGGAAAGGCCCUGACCCCCUGUUAACAUUUGGUCGAGGAUAUGCUUGUGUAUUUCCAGAAAACUUCUCCAAGCCCAUGUGGAUUCCCACAAGAAAUAUUAAACUUCAACAUGGAUCUGAGGGAGGAACUGGCCAGAUUAAUUAAGACCCUGCUUCUGGAGACGCACCUUGCAGUUGCAGACAAUCGACUACCUGAGCCACAGAUAGCAGCCGCCCCAAGCAAACCACUGAAGAUAAGGAGUGGGAGGAGAACGAGAAGGAUGACAAACAGCCCAGAGGUGACCUGGGGCAUGGUGAAGAAGCCGAUCCAGAAAGCUGAGCGAAUUUGUGAGAAGACCAAAAUCCCAAGAACGCCUGAGAAUGUCUUUCUUGCCAUGCUAGCAGUCACCAGCUGUGCGUCUACAGAUGUGGAAUGAAGAGUCUUAAAAGGACGCGAACCCUUCAGGCGGCAUACACUUUUCAAGAUUUAUUAAGGGAACAAAAAGGGGGAGAUGCUGGAAGCUAUCCAUUGUCUACACAAUCAUGAAAGUGAAAACAGGGAACCCAGAAGGCUGAUGGGCCUUGAGCUUUGGCAAGGGCUAAAGCUAUGCAGUGACUGUUCUGUCGAGACAAUGGUGGCUCAAGCAAUUUCCU